GGUGCGCUGUGUGUGCUGCUGUUAGUAAAGCUCGUCGCAGUGCCUCGCUCGCCGAAGUCGUCUCUGCGUUUCGCAAACGGGUUCCGAUAGACCGGUUAGAGUGAAGAGUUUGCGAGAGCCAAAAUUCGAGUUAGCGUUUCCGGUUCGCGAUACUUUGGCUGAAAAGUGGAUCCACUUUUCUAGACCGUGACCCGCGCCGUCCGCUAUCUGCCGCAGUUGGUGACGUGACAUACACACGGCGACAGGUCGCACAUUGCGGCAGAUUUCGGUCCAACCAAAAAGGCCGUGUCCGUGUGUCACCGUUGAGAGGGAUAAGAGGGCAAAACAUAAAUCUCGUUACUUCCCCCCCGGUGACGUUGUGUGACUGGUUGGUGGCUGUUGCACCUCGCGAUGGGUCUGAAAGAUUGCACGAUCGAGCUCGACAAUCCGUGGAACACCUACUACGCCGGGCAGACGGUUAAUGGCAAAGUUACGUUCACCUUCGACGCGCCGAAGAAAGUUAGAGGAAUUGUGAUAAAAUUUUCCGGCGAUUCGGAAACGAAAUGGAGCCAGACGGAAACGAAAACCGACCAGAACGGCAAGCAGUACGAAUCGACGACGAACCUGACCGGCCAGGAGGAGUACUUUCAAAUUCAGUACUACCUGUUGGGUGGUAAAAAUAGCGCCGAAACGGAACUGGGCCCCGGGGUACACACCUACCCGUUCACCUGUGCCCUUCCACCGACGCUACCGUCGUCGUUCGAAGGCGAGUGGGGCUUCGUCCGGUACACGGUCAAGGUGACACUCGACCGGCCGUGGAAGUUUGACCAGGACAUCAAGAUGGCAUUCACCGUGAUUUCGCCGGUGGAUCUGAAUCUCAAUCCGCGCGUCAAGGACCCGUUCAAGCUGGAGCUCGAGAAAACGUUCUGCUGUUUCUGCUGCGCUUCCGGCCCACUGAACGUGAUCGUGCACAUCCCGGUGACGGGAUUCGUGUCGGGCCAAACGGUACCGGUCACGGUGGAAUGUGACAACGCCAGCAACGUCGGUGUGGGCAAAAUUACGCUCACCCUGCGUAAGCUGCUCGCAUUCCACGUGCACACGCCGAGGCGCGAAACGAAACGCAAGAAGGAAAUUAUCACCACCAUCCAAAUGGGGCCGGUCGAGGCGGGCAACAGUCAAACGUGGCAGCAGGCCAUACAGAUACCUCCGCUGCCACCGUCGAAUCUGGUCAACUGUGGCAUCAUAGACAUCGACUACGACAUCAAGGUCGUAGCGGAACCGGAAGGCAUGCAUGCGGCCCUGGACGGCAACAUACCGAUCGUGCUGGGAACGGUGCCGCUCGAAUCGUUCCAGCCGCCACCGCCCUACACGGACAAUCCGCCGGAUACCGCCAUACAGAUGAUGGGUGCCGAAACGGAUCCUUCCAUGCUGCCCACCCAACCGGUCAGUCCGGCCAGCCCGCCAAGCAACGGUGCCGGAGGGGCGCUGGGUUGGAACAUUGGCGCAGCCAGCACGUUCGCCAAUCUGCCGCCUCCAACAUUUGCCGAAACCGCGUACAAAGCGCCAUCCAUCUCGGAUAAAAAUGACUCGGAAUACACGCGCAUGAUCGGUGGACCGGAGUAUGCACCACGAUACCCUACGUACGGGAUGAUGCCAAGCGCACCGCCAAUGACGAACAACUACUGAUCGGCAUGCGAUCGAUUCUCGGAUGCCGAGAAAUUCAGUAGUGAAAAGCAUCACAUCGAUACCAUUUUUUUUUGUUCAUUUUCACCCCGAAAGACUGUGGUUAUUCGAGCCACAGACAAUGUAGUCAACUAUUUACACUUACUGAAGCAGAAGGACGUCCUCUGUGUUCCAGUGAACCGUACGCGAGAAACGGUAAAAGAAAACGGAAGCUUUCCCACAACAGUGCGUUAUUCCAUCCGUGUGCGCUUCCGUGUCAUUGAGAAAUUUUCAUGAAAUAAGAAAUUACAUUUAGCCAUAUGGAUUACCCACAACAAACGCACAAACACUCGAAUACAUACUUGCGCUAGGCACAAUCUGUACCUAUUGAACUCUGCUUGAACUUAAUUUGGUUAAACAAAAGAUUGAACUACUCGAAAGUUGUUGAACAAACGUCGAAAUGGCAGCACACGAAGAGGAACACAUUUCUAUUCUGUCAAAUCUUGAUAUUUUUACAACCGGCGAUUAUCCGUGCGAUUGAAUGAUUUUGGUCUCUACACUCCACACAUCACACUCGUUUUCGUACGAAGUUUUAGGCUGCCAUUAUGUGAAGUUCUGUUGAAUUGUGUUUAUGAUCAAAAUCGAAUUGAUUCUGCAAAAUCAAGUGGAAAAACAUGAUACGGAGAACGUGACUGGGAUACUUUUUACAAGUAGAAAUGUAGAAAAAUGCGAACCGUGGAUGCCAAAUGAAACGUGUAGAUUUGAAAGGAAAUUGCUCUUUAAUAUGAAAUGUUUUAUAAUAUUAUUAAAAAACAACAAGCUGGACUCAACUGGACUUCAAACCGUUCGCUGAAAACAGUGCCUAGAAGUUUUUAACUCUACUUAGAACCGCGCAGGACACGCCGGAAAGGGCCGGCGCAAAUGCUAAGCACAAUGCGCACACUAAUUACCGCGACACGACGAACACGGUUCCAAUCGAAUAAUGCCAACCAUCUUUUUGCAGCAGAGCAUGAUCGAGGCACGGUUUCCAUUUGCAAGCGGAACGAUAAACAACACGCUGACACAGUGCGAACAUCUCGAAGAAAUAGAUUAGAAAAGUGCGCAUAAUCAAACGGUAGUACACUUUUUUGCGUAUUUUGUUGAUCGAACAAUAAUAAUUCCACGAAGAAUACGCAAACCGUUGCAUGGGCACAGGCGGAUGGAUAAGAAGAAACAAAAACUAAGCGCGAGGAAAGGCGAUUUUUAACAGAAAGUGGAUCGAAAGCAGUAAGAUAAUCAUCAGGGACAUCAUAACGACUUGAAAUUGAUAUACCUACACUAACAAUGUAAACAAUUCUUAUUGAAAAAUAAACUACAUGCAACUCUUAA